AGAUGUCGUGGCUUCUUCUGUUAUUCUUCUUUGUGCAACUGUGUUCAGCACAGACUGUGCAGAGACAGUAUUUAGACCCUCACAAUAGGGCCAGGUCUCAAGUGGGUGUAGGCCCUUUGGUGUGGGACAAUACUGUGGCUGCCUAUGCGCAGAACUAUGCUAAUCAACGCAAGGUAGACUGUGCUUUAAGGCAUUCUGGGGGUCCCUAUGGUGAAAAUAUUUUCUGGGGUAAAGGAAGGGAAUUCACUCCUGCAGAUGCCGUGAAUGCAUGGAUUGACGAGAAGCAAUAUUAUGAUUAUAAUUCCAAUUCAUGUGCUCCAGGGAAACAGUGUGGACAUUAUACUCAAGUGGUGUGGAGAAAUACGAAGAAGGUUGGGUGUGCUCGUGUUAAAUGUAAUGAUGGUGCCAUUUUCAUUACCUGCAAUUAUGACCCACCUGGGAAUUUUAAUGGCGAGACGCCAUACUUGACAUCUCCCUUCACUUCCGUUUCCUCUUUCUAA